UCCGGUGAACGUUGGCCUCCGCCAAGGCUGCCUUUUGUAACCCAUUCUGUUCAUCAUUUUCAUGGACACAAUUUCUAGGCGCAGCCAAGGCGUUGAGAGGGUCCAGUUUGGAACCCUUUGGAUCUGGUCUCUGCUAUUUGCAGACGAUGUGGUCCUGAUGGCCUCAUCGUUUACUGGGGAGGUUUGCAUCUGAGUGUGAAGCUUCUGGGAUGAGACUCAGCACCUCCAAAUCCGAGACCAUGGUUCUCAGUGGGAAAAGAGUGGAUUGCUCCCUCCGAGUUGCAAGUGAGGUCCUGCCCCAGGUGGAGGAGUUCAAGUAUCUCGGGGUCUUGUUCACGAGUGAGGGAAGGUUGGAGCGUGAGGUCGAUAGGCGGAUCGGCGCAGCGUCUGCAGUAAUGUGGUCGCUGUACCGGACCGUCGUGGUGAAGAGAGAGCUGAGCCGGAAGGCAAAGCUCUCAAUUUACCCCCCUUCAGCUUUGUGUGUGUUGAGAUAGGGUGAGGAGCUCGGCCAUCCGGGAGGGGCUCCGGGUAGAGACAUUGCUCCUUCACAUGGAGAGGACCAACUUGAGGUGGCUCGGGCAUCUGGUCCGGAUGCCUCCCGGACGCCUCCCUGGUGAGCUGUUCCGGGCAUGCCCGGCCAGGUGGAGGCCCUGGGGCAGACCUAGGACACACUGGAGGGAUUAUGUCUCACAGCUGGCCUGGGAAGGCCUUGGUGUCCCCCCGGUGCAACUGGAGGAGGUGGCCGGGAACCGGGAAGUCUGGGCUUCCCUACUAAGAUUGCUACCCGAACCCGGAAGAAAAUGUGAUGGAAUCCUGUAUGAAAGUGUGACCUUUCCUACUCUUGACAGCAGAACCUCCCGUGUUUGCCACACUCUCAAAGGGAGGCGACAGCUGAGAGGAGCCCCAAGUGAGGAUGUUUCUUCUCAUCUGGACUGCUUGGCUCGUCUAUGUGAGCGCCAACAUGGCAGGAGCAGCACAGAGUGACACCUACUGCACGCUUGGCUUCUGCAUCGUCCUCAGUAGACGACAAAUAACAUCAGAGGCGGGACUCUGCGCCGUCCUGCCGUGUUCGUACUCCGCCGACGGCUUCACCCCUCAAAGCGUGGUUUGGUUCAAAUGUGACGGGAAAAAAACAAGAUGCAGCGAUUCUGAAAUAGUAUUCCACUCCAAGAACACCGCCAAAGCUAUGGACGGAUACAAGGGGAGGGUAUCGCUGCUGGGGCAGGACGUCAUCCACAAGAACUGCAGCAUCAUCAUCAACGACCUCACCCGGUCUGAUUCUGGAUCCUAUCAGCUCCGAGUUAAUGGCCACCUCCGUGGGAAGCCUGAGGGAUUCUCGUUCCCCUGGCGAGUAUCGCUCAGCGUAAAAGGUCUGGAGCAGAAGCCCACACUGUCCAUUCCCAGCCUGACCGCAGGCCGACCCGCCACGCUCACCUGCGUCGCCCCCGGCCUCUGCUCGGGACACGCCCCCGCCAUCAGCUGGACGUGGAGGCGAGCGGGGGACGACGACUCUCGCGUCGUCUCGCAUAACCUGACCGCUCGCCAGACGAGUGAGGGUGUGACCUCUGUUGCCCGGAGACACAUCUCCACGUUGACCUUUAACCCUUCCGCCCGGCACCACCGCACCCGGGUCACGUGCGAGGUGGCCUUGAAGGGGGGCAACAUGACGACAGAGGAGACGGCGAUGCUGAAUGUGAGCUACGUCAAGACGCCGUCCAUCACAGGACAGACGACGGUGAAGGAAGGCGACGCUCUUAAUCUGACGUGCAGCGUUGACAGUUUCCCGCCCUCUCGUGUGACGUGGAAUCUUCUAGGUGCCAACGUCACCGUCCUGCAACUCGGAACGCACACGGCCCUGAACCCAACUGUCGGUACCGCCCACCUCGCCAUCGCCAACGUGAGCGUGGCCCAGUCAGGGCGUUACGUGUGUGCAGCGAACCACCACACGGCGACGCUGACGGUGCACGUUGACGUGACGGUGACUUGGUUUGCCAACAUCCUAGAUGGGACCGGAUGUGUGGUGCAGGCGGCGGCCCUGACCUGCGUGUGCAUUAGCGGCGGGGUUCCUCUUCCCGUCAUCACGUGGCCGUUGCUGGAGAACCGGAGCGACUACCGCUCGGUCACGACGGCAUCCAACAACACCGUCAGCAGCAGCAUCACGCUGACCGUCGGACGUGGCAACCUCUCUGCUGUGGCGUGUGUCAGCAGACAUAAAGACGGGCAGGACGUGAAGUUCUUCAACGUUGGAAUGAAACCAGCAGAACCUGAAGACCAAAGUGUGACAACCGUCCUGCGGCCCGAUGUCAUCGUUGCAUUUUUGGUUGGAGCGCUUCUUUCCGCCAUCUUGUGUGUGUUGCCGAGGACCUGCUGCAGGAAAACCAAGAAGUGCUCCGGGAAUCAGGAUUUGGAAUUGUUGUCCCCACAGGAGGAAGCAGAGGAAACUGCCCCCAAGAUGGAUGGCGUAAAAGGGUGGGCCAGCAACGGCGAGACCAAGGCUGACGUGGAGUACGCCAACAUCAACUUCUCGGCAUUGAGGAGAAACAACGGCAGGGAGGCGUCGGCCAAGCAUGAGGCUACGGAGUACGCUGAGAUCAAGAAAGCGGCCGGCAGCAAUGGCGGCAAAUCAGAGCAGUUGUUGGAACGUCAGGAUAAGGGGGGGGACAAGGGGGGGGCUGUAAUGGCAGAGGACGGGACUCACUACUGUGAGCCAAAGCAGGAAGAGGAGGAGGAGGAGGAGGAGGCCCUCUACUCAAAUGUGAAAGAUACAAUGAUGUCAUGA